UUUCAAGGAUUUUUAAGGCUUCCCAAACUGAUGGGCUACAGUGUUUGUGGACGCAGAUCGGAUUUGAUCCGGAACUCUCUAAUCUGAUUCGGUGUAGUGUAGUAGAGGCCUCUGUACACACUGUACUGUAUGUCCAUUUGUACUGUACACUGUACUGUAUAUGUCACAGUCUCAUGAAUCUGGGACAUGGGACAUUAGCCACAGGCCCACUAUCGAGCUAGGCCGACCAACUGCUAUAUUCAAGCAAUUGAUCAUGUUCCUUCCAUCCCCAUUAUCAUCUUCCUUCCACGUAAAAUCGAGAUCUCGAUUCAAAUGCGAUCUAAUUUUGAAAUGACCACGUUUCUGCCACAUUUUUAUAAAGACAUCAGCACGGAUGUUAAUUCCAAGCCUACUUUCUUCCUUUUAUAUACAGUAUACAUAACAUAUGGCAUGUUCUUGCAUUUCCUUCUGUAGGCUAUCAGGUAAAAUGAGUGUGAUUGUUAGUGAUGCACCCUAACAGGCAUUGACCAAUAUAUAAGCCCUAUUUCAGGUAUAUUCCUGAAAUGGCAGCAUAUAUGACAUUUACCAAUAAUUUUCUGUUACAAUUCUGCACUAGCUAUGUUGUUAGAAUAUGGAUGGACUUGAACAUUUUUUAAUGGUACUUGGUAUUUAACAAUAAAAACAAAGUAAGCAAACAAAUAGCAGAUAUUGGUAUCAGUUAAAUAUCAGUAUUGGCCCAGAAUUUCAAAAUCAUGAAUCUCUAAUAUAAAUUUGUGAGAGAAUCGUGUCGUACAUUUCUUUUAUAAAUGAGGGUCAUUGUGAUGUUUAAGCACCUGGGCUUUAUCCGGUGGCCCUGACCUUUUGAGCUGGGUUUCCUUCUUUCUAUCAUCCAUCCAUCUAACUACCUUUAUCCAGGUAUCAUCCAACCAUUUAGCUAUCAUCCAUCCAUCUGUUCGCAUGAUCCAUCGAACAGCAUCAUUAAAUCCAUCCCUGCAUUUAACUGUAGCAAUACAUCUUUCUAUUUAACAACCAGGAUGGCAACCAGUUCAAUUACCUUAGCAACCACUUUGCCUGCACUUGUAAUUCCUUCAGGAAGUGCAUCAAUCUUUGCAUGCAGUAAGUGUUAGAUAACCACACCACCUCAACCAUCACCAUGAACACUGGCGUAUCACAGGAAUGUGUGCUGAGCCUUCUCCUUUACUCCCUCUUCACCUACGACUGCACACCUGUACAUGGCUCUAACACCAUUGUCAAGUUUGCAGACAACACUACAGUGAUUGGUCUCAUCAGCAACAACGAUUAGACGGCCUACAGGGAGGAGGUCCAGACCUAACAUUGUGGCGCACUGAAGACAACCUGGCUCCAAGAACACCAAGAGGACCAAAGAGCUCAUUGUGGACUUCAGGAAGUCUUACGCUAGCACACACACCCCCAUUCUCAUCAACGGGACUGAGGUGGAGUGUGUCACCAGCUUCAAGUUUCUGGGUGUCCACAUCUCUUUGACCCUCAACACCUUUACCCUGAUUGAGAAGGCUCACUAGCGUCUCUUCUUCCUGAGGAGACUUAAGAAGAUCCACCUGUGUCCUCAGAUCCUGGUGAACUUCUACCACUGCACCAUCGAGAGCAUUCUCACCAACUAUGUCACAGUCUGGUAUGUCAACUGCUCCGAAAGCACUGCAGAGGUUGGUGAAAACUGCCCAAUGCAUCACCGGUUCCUCACUCCCCUCCAUCAAGGCCAUCCAGGGCAAGCGUCGCUUGCGUAAGGCGCGCAGUAUCAAAGACUGUUCUCACCCCAACCACAGACUGUUCACCCCACUUAUUUGUAUGUCCUGCAGCUGACAUGGAACGUUAUUAACCGGUCCGGGAACUUUAUUUUUUUGUUCUAACCGGUUCAGGAACGUCAAUUUUAGGGUUGAACCAAAAACCAGAAACAGAAUACUGUUUCUGUUCGGAAUGAACCAAUUGGAUAAACAUUCUGGUUCAAAGCCCUGUGUUGUUCAUAAUACAUUGCUCAUAAUACAUAACCAUAUUUAUUCUGCUCUUAUAAGGUAACUGCUAAUACACUGCACAUAUUUAUAUUUAAUUUAUAUUACUGUAAGCCACCUUCUGCAAACCAACUAUAUUAUACUAUCUACACUGUACUAUAUUUCUUGUCCUGUCUAUGCACCACCUGUCUAUACUUUCUACUGUAUAUCACAUUGCACUUUUCUGCUUUUUUGCACUUCGACUUCUCCGAACACCCAAAGCCCUUUACAGUGUCAUGCCUCACAUUCACCCAUUCACACACACACACACCGAUGGCGGAGGCUACCAUGCAAUGCACCUACCUGCUCAUCGGGAACACUGGGGGUUGUCUUGCUCAAGGACACUUUGACAGGGUCAGGAGGAGUUGAAAUCAAACCAGCAAUCUUCCAGUUGCUGGAUGAUGACUCUACCUCCUUAGCUACUGCUGCCACUGCACUAAUAUAAUCUUAUACUAAGAUAAAAUCUAGUUAGUAUUGUGUUUAGUAAAUAUACUUACUUUGAGCUUUCUUGUAAGAUUAUUUGACUUAAAAUCAGUCAAAAUCUUAACAUAAGCCAUUAAAAACAAGUAAAUUUAUCUAUCUUAAAUUAAGAUACAUUUACUUAAUCCAUUGGCAGAUCAAUUUGCUUGUUUUUAUGUCUUAAUUUAAGAAGAUUUCGACUUAUUUUAGGACAAAGAAUCUUACAAGAAAGCUCAAAGCUUUGCAUUAUCUAUCGUCUAUCUUCCCCAUCUAUUUCAUUCAUUACCUCCCACAUUCUCUCAGGACACUUUCACACCUGGCUCUUUGAAUCGGAAUGUACAGUGUUUCCCUGAAAAGAUCGGUUCGAUUAGAUUAGAUUGUGAAAGCAGCAAUUCGCACUCCUUUUCAAAAACAAACGGGCCGAGAGCGCUUGGAGGAGGUGGUCUCGACUUGUUUCCAAUCGAUCUCUCGCGGUUUGUUUGCAGUGAGAAAGCAAUCGGGCCAGUGUAGUGGAACAACUCCCUGUUGCGGCGAUCUGCCGGGAGGUGUGCCUGUGUGCGGGUGCAUGUGACCGCGGCCUUGCUGCUACAAACGCGUAACGGUAAGCGUGCAGCUCCACAGCGCGCUUCAGCAGGUGAGCGAAAUCUGACUAAUUAGCCGCACACGGCAGAAACCCCCAGACAAUGAAGCGACGCGAGUUUGUUCACUUGUUUGCAACGCAGCUAAGAACAGAAGAAAAAGGAGAAAUUGCUGAAGGAUCGCGGAAUUAAAGCUCAUGGGAAAAAGGAAAAGAUCAAAAGGGCUAACGGUAAGCUCAAAUGUAUUUAUUGGACUCUGGACGCUGUUUAAAUGUGAUUGCUGGCUACGUAGUAGUCUGUCUAUGGACAAGUGAAAUGUGUUGUCUGUUGAUUUGAGAUGCAUUGCCUGUUUAUAGGUUGUAAUAAGUUAAUUCUGAGCUGUUUAAACUAUUUAUUAAACUUUAAGAUUAUUUCCUGCACAGUAAUGGUUAUGCUAAUUUACAGUAAAACGUUUUGAAUGCUUAAUUUCAUUUCGUUAAAAUUAUGAUUGGAAUACAUGUCAUAUUGUGUGUGUGUGUGUGUGUGUGUGUGUGUAUAUAUAAAAUCUGUAUAGACAUCUAGGUUAAACAUAAGGUAAAACAGGUUAAAUUAAAAUGGGUUUGAACUGGCUUUCUGCUUAUUUAAUGCCUAAUUGGUAAUAUAUCUAUACUGUUUGCCACUGUUUGCCUGGGCUGAUAAAUUAACCAUUUCAUUGUUUAUGUUUAAAAUUGCCUUAUUUAAAUUAACUUUUGUGCUUUGUUGUGUUUGAUGGAAAAUGCUAAACUUUAUUUAAAUUGUUUAUUUUUUGUAUGUUUAAAGGUUUUUCACCUUGCUUGUUUACUGGUCAAAUAAAUUGAACAACGAGUCUGGUCUGGUCAAGUCCUUCCCUUUUCAAGUGUGGGAAGCCAUGAUGUUUAAAUACACUUGCCAGUGAAAAACCGCCUGUGACCAGUGACCAGCAAAGACUCCACCUGCGGCCACAACCAAGAGGGACGACACUCCACCUGGGGGCCUAGAGGAUAAAGCUUGCGGUCCCGUCAACUGAAGUGAACAAAAUGGCAAAGUCACUCAACGAUUUGAAAGUAGAGAGGACCACAGCUAAGAGACUUUUCUCUCGUCUUGCCAAUAGCAUUACAAGGAACCACACAGAGAUGUCUAUAGAGGAGUUAAAAGAGAACUUCAAGAAGCUUACACAAGAGAGUUCCAGAGUCAUGGAGGCAAACGAAGAAAUAGAGGCUGCUUACAUGGCAGAGGCCAACGCAGCUACUGCAGAGGAACUGGACGAAUUACUAAGAGCCGACAUAGAAAAGACAGAGGAAUAUUGUAAGCAGAAGACUAAAGAAGUUAAACUCCUAAUUCGAGAGACACUCUGGGACGUAUAUGGAGAAAAAGAACUGUCCCUAGCUUUACAUGUUGCAGAGAGUGAGUGCAAGAAUGUCUCCUCCACCCAGCUAGACAUAACUGGAGGCGUAUGAGUUUAUGCUGACCCACUUAGAGAAGUUGGUACUCAAGGCAAAGGAACCAGAACUGGAACCGCUGGGCUCCGCCUGCCGAGCAAGGAGACGCUGAUGGCCUUCUAAGAGCACUUGAGGUGCACCUCCCCCAGCUCGUGUCGCGGAAGGCCGCCUUCAUUAAAGCAAGGAUAAAACCGGACACUGAAGACCCCCCAGACCGCCGUUUAGCUCCAGUGGCAGCGAUAAAGCUAAAGGCUACAGCCCUACCAAAGUUUGCCGGUAACCAGCGAGGCUACUACAGAUGGAGGCAAGAAUGGGAGUCUCUGCAGAAACAAGGUGAACCAACCGGCUCCAAAGAGGUAAAGAAAUUUCAACUGCUCGAUAGCUUCGAUGAGAAGGUGGCCAGAGACCUAUGCCUGUCAACAUACAACUCAUCAGACGAGAUCUUCCGAAUCCUGGAGAACCGGUUUGGGAACCAAGCCACCAUCGCUCUCGAGAUCAUCGAGGAGCUACAAGCAACUCCACCAGUCAGGAGCGGCCAGCCAAGAAAAGUCAUAGAGCUAACUGUGGAAAAAGGCCCUUUAUGAUUUAAGUGAACUGGAUAAUGCAGAUGCCAUAAAGAACCCGAUAGUGACUAAAUCCAUCGAGGGCAAGCUCCCAGAAACUCUAAAGAAAGACUGGCUCACCUAUGCUGCUGUUCAAGAUGCCUUCUGCAAUGUAGCAUCCAGGGCAUACAACUCCACUGCAGCUGAAAGAGGGCUUCUGGAGGACAACCGUUUAAACGAAUACCCAGUGAUCCUAAUGCUCCUUGAUGUCACUGCCAACGAUGGACAAAGAAUCGGGACCCUCAUUGACCUGGCAUCAGACACGAACUACAUAACACACAGAGCUGCGAGCAAGUUGAACCUGAGCAGUGAAGAUGUGACACUGGUGGUUUACGGCAUUCGAGGGAUGAAAGUGUCAAGUCACAUCAACUGAUCUGCUAUGGACUUUUAUAAAAUUGCAGAAGUUCCAGCCGUCAAGUUGCAGAAGAUCUUCCCGGAUGUUUCCCUCAAGGACCUUGCAAGACCAAGUGAAAUACAACUCCUGAUCAGCCACAAAGAAGGGCAGCUGGUGUCCCAGAAAGUUCGUUCCGUCGGUGACCUGGUGUUCUGGGACGGCCCACUCGGCAAAACCAUUGGAGGCACGCACCUGGACCUCUUUGAAGAAGUCACCUUAAUGGCCCAUACGUCAAAGACACACUUUGCAAGAUCCAUGAGAACUGCAGCAGUUAAAUACUUAACUCACCUGUAAAGAUCCAGUCUCCUGCCAGUCCCCUGACCAUCCCAGCACCCAGUCCAAUACAGCCACUAGCAGCAGAGACUUUCUGAAGUGGUGGAAAUGGGAAAGCAUCGGAGCCGCUUGUGAGCCGAGAUGUGGAGGAUGUCGCUGCGGGAAUUGCCAACCCGGGGGGAAAGAAAUGGCGCUGGCUGAAGAGAGAGAGAUGGAGAUGGUGAGGAACGGAGAUCACCACAGCCUUGAACCACACUGGCACGCCAAGUAUCCUUGGACCGAGGAUCCAGCAUCUCUACCCAACAACAGGAGAGCGGUUGAAGCCACAUUCCACAGAACAGAGAAGCAGCUGGCGAAGGAAGCAGAGUGGAAAAUGGCUUAUGCUUCGCAAGUCCAUGAAAUGGUUCAUCGCAAAGCUGCAGUGAAGCUGUCCAAGGAAGUUCUGCAGAGCUGGACCGAGCCAGUGUGGUACAUAAGUCACCUGAUUGCACCAAAUCCACAUUCAGUCUCCACCCCAGUGUGGCUAGUAUGGAACAGCAGCCAGAAGUACAGAGGCCUGAGCUUGAACGACAUACUGAUCAAAGGUCCUGAUGUUCUGAAUCCGAUCAGAGCUGUCCUGCUGAGGUUCCGAGCUGGUGUUUUUGCUGCCCUUGGUGACAUCCGCAAGAUGUACAACUCUGUCUGGCUGGAAGAAAGAGAGGUCCACCUGCACAGGUUCCUGUGGCGCGACACUGAAGAUGCAGAGAUAGAGGAUUUCGCCAUAACAAGAGUCGACAUCGGGGACAAACCUGCUGGUUGCAUAGCCCAAGUCGCCAUGCGAGAGACCGCUAACUUGCCUCCAUUCAGCCACUUCAAAGAAGAGAAACAUGUGCUGGAGGAAGACUCCUAUGUCAAUGACAUCCUAACCUCUCACAACAACCUCGACCACCUGAAACUCCUCACGUCCAACAUCGAGCAGAUCCUUAAAGCAGGAGGAUUCUUCAUGAAGCCCUGGGUCUACUCCGAUCAAAGUGGCAGGAAAGGGCCGAGAGGUGAGAAGAUGGAGUCAAAGACCAUGAUCCUGCCAAACCAGCUUACUGAAGAGGAUAACAAAGCCCUCGGCCUUGGUUACACCAUUGACGAUGACAAGCUACACGUCAUGGAGUCUGAUUCGGCUCUACCUAUCUCCGAGGCAGCAUGGAGCUUAAAGACACGGGCCCUGACUGAGAUGGUAUAUAUAGAUGAAGUGGAUGUAGAUCAUGAAGGCAUUGCUGAAAUGAUGCUGGAUGAGAGUUCCAUUGCUCAAGUUGCUAGGCCAGGAACAUCUCUGAGGCUGCCAGGGACAAGCCAAGGAGGAGGCCCUAGUCCAGCUGUCAGGCCCAUGACCCAGUCUGGUCGCCCUAUUACUGGCUUUGUGAGACCCAGCACACAGUCAGGAAGGCCAGGCACUAUGGAGCAAGCCAUCAAGACCCCACGAACUGCCCACACAGCUCGGCCAGUCACAAGUUCCUCUGGGAGAUUUGUUAGACUUGGAACGGCAUCCAUGCUAACCAAUCUAGAUGGGCCAUUUAUUAACCUGUCUAGGCUCAACCUGACGAAAUAUGCUCAAAAACCCAAUAUGUCCAAGACCCUGUUUGAAUAUAUUUUCCACCAUGAGAAUGAUGUAAAAAAUGCCCUGGAUUUUGCGGCCCUUGCCACUGAGCAUGCUCAGUUUAAGGAUUGGUGGUGGAAGGUCCAACUUGGUAAAUGCUACUACAGGCUGGGUUUACAUCGUGAAGCUGAAAAACAGUUCCGAUCUGCCCUCAAUCACCAGGAGAUGGUUGACACAUACUUAUACUUAGCAAAGGUGUACCAGCGCCUAGACCAGCCCAUAACAGCCCUAAACCUCUUUAAACAAGGUCUUGACCACUUCCCUGGAGAGGCUACGCUGCUAACGGGAAUUGCACGCAUUCAUGAAGAGAUGAAUAACAUUACAUCUGCCACUGAGUACUAUAAAGAUGUCUUAAAACAGGACAACACACAUGUGGAGGCCAUUGCCUGCAUAGGCAGCAACCACUUUUACACAGACCAGUCUGAGAUCGCCCUGCGCUUUUACAGACGGCUGUUGCAGAUGGGUGUAUACAACUGCCAGCUGUAUAACAACCUGGGCCUCUGUUGUUUCUAUGCACAACAGUACGACAUGACGUUGUCGUCUUUUGAACGAGCUCUUGCACUAGUGUCCAGUGAUGAAGAGCAAGCUGACGUCUGGUACAACCUGGGCCAUGUGGCAGUGGGAAUAGGUGAUUUGACACUAGCAUAUCAGUGUUUCAAGCUGGCUUUAGCUUUCAACAAUGACCAUGCCGAGGCUUACAAUAAUCUGGCAGUGCUAGAGCUACGAAAAGGUCGCAUUGAGCAGUCCAAAGCUUUCCUUCAAACGGCAGCAUCACUGGCACCACAUAUCUAUGAGCCACACUACAACUUGGCAACUUUAGCAGAAAAGAUUGGCGAUCUCCAGAGCAGCUAUGCAGCAGCCCAAAAAGCUGAAGACGCCUUCCCUGAGCAUGUGGAUACCCAGCAGAUCCUGAAGAGCCUCAGGCAGCAUUUUGCAGAAUUGUGACUGUAUAAAAAAAAUUGUAAUUAUGCUGCUUUACAGCAUAUAAUCAUACAUGCAGUAUAUUAUAGUAAUAUAGCCAUGGCUAUCUCUCUGAAUCAUACAAACAUGGAUGUAACAAAGUUAGAUUUGUUUUUAAUUUUGCUAUAUUUUCCUACCUAAGUCACCUAAAGUCAUUCUGAGUCACCUAAAUAUCUAGAGAGAUUUACACCUUCUUAUAGCAUAUUUAGCUUGCUGACAUGAAUCAUAAUGGCAUAAUUGAACAUUUUGAUCAGAUGUCUGGUAAAGUGUUGAUCGUUUCAAAAUAAUGUCAAGAGUUUGGCAUACCAGUGGUUGAUGCUAAGAAUGACCUACUCCAAACAGGGCUAUCUUCAUGAAAUCUAUCUAUGACCUUUCCUUAUUACUGACUAAAAAGGUAAGGGUUAGGUGUGCAAGAUCACAGUGAAUAGGAGUGAGAUAUGUGUAUAAUCAUUAAAUAAACAUUGCUAGUCUGUAA